AUGCUGCGACCGCCACCGAUCGCCCCCGUGAUUUCGCUUCACGGGCUCCGAAGCGCAACCAGACCUUGGAUGGCCUGGGCUCAGGGCGACUCGGCCCGAGUUGCCAGCAGCGAGGAAAAGCGUGCAUGCGAUCUCUGGGCCUUUGACGUUCGCUCCCGUAUCUGGAUUGAGCUUCCUGCCGCACCUGGCCCUGCUCGCGCCGGGGCAGCCAUGUGCGUCAGCAAGAGCCGCCUCUUCCGCUUCGGCGGCCAUGACGGCUCUGGCCCGAUCGGCGGCCAGCUCGACUUUGUGCAUCUCGAGGUCGAGAUGUUUGACGAUGGCAACUCACGUGGUGAGGUCUGCGUUCGCGCUCGCGGCGGCUGGCAGGGCAUCGUCGCCGGUGCAUCCGGUGGCGAGACGGAAAUUCCUCUAGUUGCUGCCCAGGAAUGGCCUGCGCCUCGAGGUUUUGCUGGGCUGGAGACCGUCACGAGCGGUGCGGGUCGCGAGUACCUCUUGCUCGUGGGUGGCGAGGCUGCUGACGGUGUUGCGGAACGCGGUCGCGAAGGAACCACAACGUCCUUCUUUAACGACGUGUGGGCAUUCCAGGUGCCGCCUCUAGGUAUGACGGCCGCGAGCGUGCGGGACGCCAUGUGGCAGGCUCUGGGUAAACCGACAGGUGAGGGCAAAUGGAACAGACUGCAGAUGGGAUCAUAUGAUGACGACAACGACGAUGGUGAGCCGCUUCCGCGAGGCUACAUUGCCACGGCGGCGAUGGGCGAGCUGGAAGAAUCGGGCAUCUUGGUCUGGGGCGGCGUUGGGUCUGGCAACAGGCAUUUGUCCGAUGGAUGGAUUUUGCGUUUGGGCGAGUGA